GUGAAAUGGAGACCAAGUGAAAAUGAUCUGGGUGAGGUUGUGCCCAUCUGCUUCUUUGCUGAGACUCAAGAAGGGUAUCAGUCCGAGAUGAGAUGCAUCACAGUAACAGUUGGACGGCCCACUCACCCACAGAUCAGUAUCGAUGCCAGUGUUGUGUGCACCCAGACAACGAUGACCCUGUUUGUGCUGAAGUCCUCCGUACGAGGCCUCAAUGAACAUUACGUACGCCUCAAUGACCCAACCUGCUUGGUGACAUCUAACUCAAGCCACCUAAUCGCCAGUGUGUCCCUCAACUCCUGUGGAACGCAGCUUCAGGAAAAUUCCACCGAUCUUAUUUUCCGUAAUGAGAUUACAUCAUUUGAUCAUCCCCAUGAAGUUAUAACAAGAAAGAAUCAGGUGGAGAUUCCAUUCAGCUGCUCUUUCCCUAAGACGGGUCAUGUUUCCAGCUCUUUCAUUGCACACAAGGCCAACUACAUGUUCUCCGAAGCAGGCUUUGGGACCUUCACAUACAUAUUUGAAUUUUACGAGAGCAGUGAAUUCACAAGGAUCAUCAACCCCAGCCAAUACCCCAUUGAGGUGGAACUCGAGCAGAUGCUAUACAUGGAGAUUGACGUACAGUCUUCAAUUGCCAACACCAAGCUGUUUGUAGAAUCUUGCCGAGCCACACCUCACGAUGACCCCUAUGACCCCGUCUACUAUGACAUCAUUUCAAACGGGUGUGUUCAAGAUGACACGACAAUCGUCUACUCCAAUAACCAAACCGAGUUCAGAUUUGGGGUUGCAGCUUUCAAUUUCAUCGGAGACUACAGCCAGGUGUACAUCAGCUGUACUGUCAUUCUGUGCACCUCUGGGAAUCCCGGAACACGGUGCGCACAGGGCUGCAUGAAUAAUGGCUCUUCAACUGUAUACUUUAGACGAAGGAGAGCACUGUCUUUGGAGAGCCAGGAGCACUUCAUCUCUCAAGGGCCUCUCUAUCUUACAAAAAGAGCUCAGUAUAAUAAUGAUUCCAGAGAGAUGUUGAGUCAGAACAUUCUGGUUAUUGUAGCAGCUCUUGUCGUGGCCGUCAUCCUUAUCUCCGGUGUUGUGAUAUACCGAGGAAAAUUCCUCCACUACUCUCAUACAAGCUCUGUUCUCUGCCACCCGACUCCGGCUCCCGAGUGGAGUGAUGUGGCCCCCUUUAUACUGCUUCUGGAAGUGCUGCAGGUGUUGUCCGAUCAACUUCCGGCAGCACUUCUGGGUGUUGCAGAAGCACUGCAUGCCAAGGCUGCAGAGCUGCCCAGGUGCCCCCAAUCAGUGGCCACGGGCCUCAACAGGGUUGAUCUUCUAAGCUCCAAGGCCAUAGCCCCGAUGCAACCCAGGGGAGCAGCCUUCUCAUGUCCUGGGGAAGGUACUGCUGAUGUCAUGUCCUCUCCUCAGAAGGGCGUCCCAACAAGACAUCCUAUGCUCCGGCUGUUGCUACCAGCCCGCUGGAUGCCCUUGAUGAAGGAGGCGGAUAAGGAGCUCUCGGGAAUGCAGUUGUCGGCUGUGACAGCUGGUGCUGGUGAGCCUCCACGUGACCACCCAGCCUGCACUGGUGACAUCAUGAUGGCACCCAUCCUGAAAAUAAAGCCACCAUGA